AUGGUUGCCCUUGACAAAGUUCAGCAGUCCAAUGCUCAGAUCGCCACAACGUAUCCCGCAGGGCUGGUUGCUGUGUUUGCCGGCGCAACAGCUGGCAUCGGCGAGACCUCACUCCGGGAAUUUGCAAGACACACAGCUAAGCCGCGCAUUUACAUCGUAGGACGAUCAAAAGAAGCGUGCGAUCGUCUCGAAGCAGACCUGAGAGAAGUCAAUCCUGAGGGCCAAUACACCUUCAUCAGGUCCGAUGUCAGCCUGCUCCGCAAUGUCGACGAUGUUUGCAAGCAAAUCAGGGAGAAAGAGUCGGAAAUUAAUGUGCUCUUCAUGAGCCAGGGGACAUUGAACUUUAGUAAACAAACCGAGGAAGGCAUGAGCUACCUCAUGAGCCUGACCUAUUUCGGACGCUUGCGAAUGGCAAAGAACCUGCUGCCAUUACUCCAGCGAGCCACAGGCUUGCGGCGCGUUGUCUCGUCCUUCACAGGUGCCAAGGAGGGCAAGGUCUUCGACGACGACUGGCAGGGGAAAGAAGGCAAGAUCCCUUUCACAGCCGCCCGAGGUCACGGGGCCACGAUGAUGACGCUGGGCCUUGAGGCGCUGGCGAAAGAGGCUCCGGAGGUCUCUUUCAUCCACGCAUUUCCUGGAAAGGUCAAGACCGAUAUCAUCAGGAGUGAUGAUGGUGCCAUCCUGAGGACUGUGGCAGUCAUCUCCAAGGCCUUAUUCUUCGUGACCGGGUGGACCCCGAUUGUGGAGGUUGGCGAGAGGCAUACAUUCUACUGCACGAGUGCAAGAUUUCCUCCCAAGAAAGUUGUAGGGGAGCCGACUGCAUCGGGAGUGCAGCUGCCGGAUGGCAUGGAUGUGGCUAGGGGUGUGGACGGAGGCUCUAGAGGUGGCGUCUACUCUGUAGAUACAUAUGGCGACAGUGCUGACGAGAAAAUUGAGGAGGUCCUUGCUAAUUACCGGCGGGAUGGCACGGCGGAGAAAUUGUGGAAAUAUACGGAAAGCGAGUGGCAGCGGGUAACGGGGACAUUGUGUCUUUAA